CUGAAGCUACAUAUCUAGGGAGUAAUAGACUCCUCUUGCCAUCUGAAAUAAGCCAGCAGCUUCCAGGAGAGCGUUGGUAGUGUGUUUCAGUGUAAGUGUACAUGUAUUUUCCCUGGAAUUGUCCUCACCCUGUUUCUGGUGGGGCUUGGAGGACUCCCUGGCCUGGGUGGGUUGCAACUGCCAUAGCCACAGUGAUGGGAGCUGGGAUCCCCACUACCUGCCCUGCCUUUGGCUACCUCAGAGAGCUCAGUAAUUGGUUAUUAAUUAACCUGUUGCCCGCAGAAGUGGAGAGGAAGGGGUUGUGGGCGGUGAUGGCCGAGCGGGAGGUGGUGGCCGAGCAGGAGGUGUGCAGUGUGCGGCAGUUGGAGGUGCCACGGCGACGGUUCCGUGCGUGGUCACAGCCCGGCGACAUCCCCACUAGGCAGUGGAGCCGCCAUGGCUGCCACACACGCAGCGGGGCUGGAGGGCCGAGGCAGGAGUGCCGGUGCUGCGCAGGGCCGGAAGGCAAACCUCAGCCAGCACAUCCAGGAGCUGCACACCAUCAUCACCUUGCAAGAGCAAGGGAGGAAGUUUUUCACGCAGUCAUGGGAGGAAAAGCUUGGUCAGAACAGAGAGCUGCUCCCCCGCCUGCGUGAGGCAGUGCAGGAGGACGUCCGUGCCCUGGGCAUUGUUCAGAAGUGCAACAAGCUCACCGUUUCUGAGGCUUGCAGAGCGCAGAAGCACUUGGGCAUCACUUUGGCCAGGAAGACGGUGGAGGUGGCCCAGGAGAAGCUCCGGGCUGAAAUCUAUGACCAGGUGAACACGUGCAACAUGCUGCUGUACCAGCUGAGGCAGCGGAGCCGAGCCCGGGAUGAGCUGAAGAGGCAGCUGCAGCAGCUGCAGGAUACCAGGAUGGAUGACAAGCGGCACCAGGCGCAGGUGCAGGUGGUUCACCAGCUGGAGAACAACAUUGAGAAGAUGCUCACAAAAGUCCACGCUGGACAGAAGGUGACUGCUCUGUACCUGGCGGUGCGGGAUGUGCUGAGGAAGGAGCUGGCCGACCUGCCUCUGCACCUUGACCUCCUGUGCAGGAUGGCCGAGCUGUACCAUGGAGAGCUGGAAGACAUGGAGCUCAUGGCCUUGGAUGCCCUCAAAGCCGCUGAUUUAACCAAGGAGGACAUGGCCAAGAUGGAAACCCAGUUCCUUGCAGAGAGAGAGUUCAGGUACCGCUCCCUGGCCUCCCAGAAGGUACACAUCGACAGACACUGGCUCAAGGAAGCAAGCGAAAGGCACCUGAGAGUGCAAGCCAGGUACGAGCUCGCCAUGGACUUCCCGAACCUGCUCCCACAGGACCCACUGGUGGGCACCAAACUGGAGGCCACCAAGUCCCAGAUGGAGCGCGAGGCCCUGGUGACCGAGAAGAUAGAGAAAGCCAGGGCUGCGGUGCAGUGUUCCCGCCUCUGGGACAUCCCCAGCAGGCUCCUGGCACAGCAGAAGUCCUCAGUGGACCUGGAGCAGUACGUCAAGGAGUGCAAGGAGAAGAAGCAGGCACUGAAGGAGACACUGAAGGAGCUGGAGCUGAAGCAGGCUGAGCUGAAGUUUCGCCAGCCCCCCAACACAAUCAGUUGUAUGAAUGUGAAUGUGGUUGGCUCCAGGAUGCUGGAGGAGGAGCUGAGGAUGAACCUGCAGUGGGAAGAGGCUCGGCUGGAGCAGAUGCGAGCGCAGAUGCUGAGGAGCCAGGAGCUCCUGCUCGAGUUUGAGAACGGCAUCGACAACCUCUUUGUCCGUUUGCAUGGCAUCACCGUGCCUGGCCAGGAUGAUUCUUUCAAGGCCAGGGGAGUGGAGGAGAAGCUCCAGCACUGUGAGCAGAAGCUGCAGUACCUGGUGCAGCGGGUGGCCAACCUGCCCUCCCACAGUCACAGCCCUGACGAGGACAAUGAGGUGCUUGGGGGCUCCAUCCCUGAUGUGGUCUUUGGGACCCAUAUGGGGCUCUCCUGGAUGGUCCAACAGAAGCUGUCCUCCCAGCUGGGAGGAUGGAGGUGGCCCCAGGGAAGAGCCAUGGAGCAGCUCAGUCCUAGGUGGCACUGGGCACUACAGGGUGUCCCCUCCAGGGGGACAUUGAGGUGGGGCACCCCUUGGGUUGUAACAUGCACCUCCCCUUCAGCAAUUAACCCAGAGUGUCUUUUACAGACUUUUGUGAAGGUCAGAAAUCUUCUAGAGAAAACAAUCAUGAAUGAUCCACAGAACCUGAAGAUUUCCUUUGAGGACAUAGGCAGUAGGGUCCAAGACCCCUUUGAUUUUGCUGACAAAGACUAUGGCCUUGUCCUCACUCGGGAAGACAUCAAGAAGCAGGGGCUGCACCUGAUCGAAAGCAAGAAGAAAAGUGGCAAGAAAAAGUAGUGGUUGCUUCACGAGAGCUUUGGAUGCCCCAGACCAUCUGUUGUGCUUUGGAUGCCACCGACCACCCCUUGUACCCUUUUUCCAGCAGGUUUAAUAGAGCAGAUCUUUUUCACUCCUCCCAAGCCUAUGGUAAAGCUGGAACGGGGGGUCCUGGGUCACUUCUGUCACCCGGAACACAUGGGGGUCAAACCCUGAGAGGUGCUGAGCUGGGUUUGGAGGCAGCCCCAAACCCCUGCCCCUCACCCAGCUGCUGUCCCCGCAGAGGUGGGGAAGGGCUGAGGUGGGGACAGCAAACCUGGGGGCAGGCUGGCUUUCUCCCCCUUGGUCCUGUGGGGCCAACACCUUCCUGGAACCUCUGCCUCCCCCAGACAGCUCUGGGACCCCAAUGGGCUAGCAUCUGUCUGAGGCAGCUGUGGGGAAACGUGGGGCAGGGGCUAAGACCUGUACAGGUGUGGGACCUCAGGGUAGGCGUCUUCAUGUCUGUGCGUGGGAGUGGAAGGGCAGACCCUGCCUUGGAAAGGGAGAUCCAAAUCUGAGAUGAAGCCCCUAGCCUGGGGCUGUCUGACCUGCCUGUGGACCCUUUGUGCCUCUU